GGAGGUUUCUUUCCUUUUCCCUUCUUUCUCUCACGCUGCUUGAUCGCUAUGAGCGAUAUCUCUCUUUUCCUCAACUCUGCCAUGUCCUCUGCUGCCCAGGAUUCAGCUUCUCGUUCGAGCUCUCCAGGCGCAAUAUAUGUUCCAAACAACCCAAAUCCUCCCCAGUCCUCCUCUUCGAGUCCCGUAACCCCUGCACCUCCUGCUUCUUUGCAAUCAAUAUUAGCUGCUUCACAAAAAGACCCCCAUCCUAAUGGCCGUCCUCAGUCAUCGUCCUGGGAGGAAUCACCUGCUCACCCUCAACCAGAGAAUGUACCAGCAACUUCGAGUUCCUCCAGUUUGUCCAAGCGCAAACAUGAAGAAUCCGACGGCUCAGACGAUGCUCACAAUAAAGUCCGCCGCGUCGUACGCGACCAUAUCACCCACGACCCUUCUCGCGUCGUGCCUAUGACCACCGUCAUUUGUCUCCACGCCGCUGUGGCUCAAAAGUCCUACGGCAGUGAGAAGCGUUUCCUUUGUCCACCACCUGUCGUACAUAUCGAAGGCCCUGUCUGGCAUAUGAGAAAUCAGCAACUAUCAAUGUCCGUGGUGUCCGAGACGGGUGAACGUUCUUUUGAGCAAAAAGCACCCCUCGACAAUUCCAUGACCGCCAGCUUCAAAUUCCUACACGUUACAGGGGCUGCCAAGGCCAAGAGUUUUCAGCUUUCACUCGACAUCGCUGAACCUCACCCUUCAUCUCAUAGUUCAGAGGGUGAUGGCCCUCCCGGUCGCGUUUGGGCAACGUUUGACUCCGCACCAGUAACUAUCAUCUCGAAACCAUCCAAAAAGACAGCCAAGACGCGCAAUAUCUCCUCCUGUAUUCUGGCCGGUGGGCCCGUAUCUCUAUUUAAUCGCAUCAAUUCUCAGACUGUACGGACCAAAUACAUGACUAUUGACCAUGGUCAAUUAUGUGCCAGUAACGUUGCAUGGUCAGCCUUCAAUGUCAAUGUUGUUCGCCGUCCUCAUGAACUGCCGAACAUUGGGCCUCAGCCCGUCACUUAUGGUUGCGAAAUCGUCCUUUCAGACACCCAAUCAGGCAUAGCAACUGCUCCUCUUAUUAUCCGCAAGGUUGAUAAGGGCCGAGUUUCAGCUGAGGACGGUGGCCCGGUCAGCCAGAUGCAGAAGAUUGCAUUGCAACGAGUGAAUCCAGACGGUUCAAGACACUAUCUCUCCGCGGCUGGGCCUAUCCCUGGGACCACUGGUGUCGUAGCACCUCCUGCGCCAGGAAUGUCAACUCAGGCCGGAACUCACGCUCUGCUCUUCCAGUCUCCUCGCGUAAGGGACGAGGUGAAGGAUGGCAUUCGACAAAUUCUCGAUGAAGUUGAUGAUUAUCUAUGCUGGACCAUCGUUGGCAUUUCCAAAUUUCAAUAUACCUUUUUCGAUUCAUCUGGGAAAAACAAUACUAUACCAGAACAACCCAUUACUCCUUUCCCCACGUUGUUCACCGCUCCAGUCUAUCGACAAGCAACUAACACCGUUGAGUUGACCGUAUCCAACUUUUUCUAUGAGGAUCCGAAAUCGAGACAACAACUUCCGCUUGAUGUGUAUCUCGGAAAUCUUGGACCUCUAUCACACCGAGUCUUUGGUGCCUCGCCUCCCGGUCCUCUCACGAACAUCUCCCCGUUUGUACAGGCGCCCCCACCAGGACUACCAGAGCCAACGGCGCCUGGCCCAUCUGAUUCACCCACAUCCCCUGUGUCACCGAGAGCCCAGCCGUUCUUGCCGUCAAUGACGGGGCCUUUGCAUACGAUUGUCAUCGUUGACAUGCCACCCCUUUCGGAUGUAAUCAAGGCGCUUGAAGACGAUGCUCUUCCCGCACCCGCAGACCGGUCGGAAAACCACUCACCUACUGAUGGCUCUAACCCCGCGAGGCGAAACGGCUCAGGGCCGCCACCAUCCAUCAGCGGUCGUAGCUUACCAUUGUUGUUUAUCCGAGCUUCAGAUGGUGUUGGAUAUCAUUCAGGCCGAACUAUCGCUUGCGAUAAUAACGUGUAUCCUAUCGACAUCAAUGGUCAACAUCCUGGAAACAUUGACCCUACUUGGUUGCCUCCGAUGCCUCCGGACGGUUCUGUUCCUCCUCCGCCGGCACUCAGUAGUUGGACUUUGAGAGUAAUGUAAAGGCUUGGUCUUAAGACCAAGUUUUCUUUCUCCUUGUUUAUCCGCAUCUUUACCGUCCUUUUUUAUUGGGUCUAUUCACCAAAAUGUACAUAUCUAUAACCCCCUUGUCGAAGUGCUGUGCCAAUCUAGUUUCCCACCUUGUAUUUGUAUUAUACUUCUCAACAAAAAGGGAGCUCCGCGACGAUUAGCCAGGC